CUGAAUUUAAAUCAAGCUGUGACUCUCCACAGUGCAGCCGGAAAUGCAGAUGGACAACUUGAACUGAAACCGGAGAACAUCUAAGGGGCUUCGGACCGCUGCUUCUCAGCAGUUUUUAUUCUUCAGAAAUUAGCAAGAAGACCUCGGACCCCAGGGGAGACAGGAGAAAUGGAAAGUGCCCUGUGUGUCCCCAUUUUCUUGGUCUUGUGCAUCUUUAUCCAAUCAAGUGCCCAUGGACAAAGCCUGGGACCAGAGCCAUCUGGAAGAAGGUCUCAAGCUGUUGAAACAAACAAAACGCUGCAGGAGACAAAGACCAGAUUCCUGCUCUUUGAAGAUAAAACCAGUAAGGGCUGUCAGAUUCGGCUCAACCGCCAAGACACAUUACAGGAGUGUGGCUUCAACGCCUCCCAGCCUUUGGUGAUGAUAAUCCACGGGUGGUCGGUGGACGGCAAGCUGGAAAACUGGAUCUGGCAGUUGGUGGCCGCGCUGAAGUCCCGGCCAGCCCAGCCAGUGAACGUGGGGCUGGCGGACUGGCUCACCCUGGCGCACCAACACUAUACCAUCGCUGUGCGCGAUACCCGCCUCGCAGGCCAGGAGGUCGCGGCUCUUCUUCAGUGGCUGGAGGAAUCUGUUCAGUUCUCUCCAAGCAACGUUCACCUAAUUGGGUACAGCCUGGGUGCACACGUCUCGGGAUUCGCUGGCAAUUACAUCGGCCGAAAGCGCAAGAUUGGGAGAAUUACAGGGCUGGAUGCUGCAGGCCCUUUGUUUGAGGGAACCUCCCCCAGCGACCGUCUUUCUCCAGAUGACGCCAAUUUCGUGGAUGCCAUUCACACUUUCACCCAGGAGCACAUGGGCCUGAGCGUGGGCAUCAAACGGCCCAUCGCGCACUACGACUUCUACCCCAACGGGGGCUCCUUCCAGCCCGGCUGCCACUUCCUAGAACUCUACAAACACAUCGCGGAGCACGGCUUACACGCCAUCACCAAGACCAUAAAAUGCUCCCACGAGCGAUCGGUGCACCUGUUCAUCGACUCCGUGCUGCACGACGGCAUGCAGAGCACGGCCUACAUGUGCAGCGACAUGGACAGCUUCAGCCAAGGCCGGUGCCUGAGCUGCAGGAAGAGCCGCUGUAACACGCUGGGCUACCACGUCCGCCAGCAACCACAGAGCAAGAGCAAGAAGCUCUUCCUCGUGACGCGAGCCCAGUCCCCCUUCAAAGUUUAUCAUUACCAGUUCAAGAUCCAGUUUGUCAACCAAAUUGAGAAACCUGUAGAACCAACUUUUACCAUGUCGCUACUCGGAACAAAGGAGGAAACGCAGAAAAUUCCCAUCACGCUGAGUGGAGGAAUUACUAGUAAUAAAACCUAUUCCUUUCUUAUCACGUUGGAUUCGGACAUCGGCGAGCUGAUCGUGAUCAAGUUCAAGUGGGAAAACAGCGCAGUGUGGGCCAACGUCUGGAACACGGUCCAGACCAUCAUCCCGUGGGGUGCAGAGCCCUGCUGCCACCCAGGCCUCUUUCUGAAGACCAUCAGAGUCAAAGCAGGAGAAACCCAGCAAAGGUGA